AUGGCUUUCAGCGAUACAGCUAGGCGUUGUAGAGAUCUUAUCUUGAACAAUAAGGCGGUAACGUUUCUAAGUGUGGCACUAUUUGCGUUCAUCAUAUCAACGUUGGCGUUAGCUAGUUCCAAUCAAAACAAGAAGGAUGCAAUACAACAAUGUGAAGCCGCAUACAAUGAAAAAAUGAAGGGACCCACCUGUUCGGUGGAUAUAAAAUCGGGCCUCCCCGAUAAAGAUCCGGUUUAUCUUUUAAAGCAAGGAACCUCACUUCAGCUCUGGUUGCCACAGGAGUCAUCGCUUGUGUGGAGCAAGAGUGUGCCCCAAAGUACAUUGCUGUGCGCAGGAACCGGGAAUGUGAUAAUGAAAACCAACGAAGUUACCAGUCAAAUGACCUGCAUCGAGGGUACAUCGUUCAGCUUGGGUGGCGAUGUCAAAGCAACCGCAAAGGAGCUAGAAUGUAAAACGAACGUUUUACCAGAUGCGAUUGAUUCUGGGAGUCCGUGUGGGUUUGAAAUGGGACAAAUGCACCACAUUGGAUUCAAAGUUAGUGACACCGAGUUGAUCACGUAUAUACAGUCCUGUUUUGAUUCGAAACGAUCGUCUGUAUUGUAUACGAUACACGGUCUUCCAGGAGCAGCCAUUAAAAACGCUGUAGGCCAAGUGGAAGACAGUGAUUGGAUUCGUACUGGGGUGCCAUCUGCGGUGAAUCCAGAUAACUCAUACAAACAAGCUCAACAGAAAGAUCAAUUUACGAAACUGCUGGGAUCUGCAGAGCAGGCAAAUAAAUACAUUACCGACAAUCACCAUCUAAUCGUAGGUCAUAUGACUCCGAAAGACGAUGGUAUUUUUCGUACGUGGAAGCGUGCGACAUUUUUCUACAUAAAUGCCGUCCCUCAGUGGAAAACCAUUAAAAAUGGAAAUUGGAAACGAGUGGAAACCGCGAUCCAAGAAAUCGCUGAACACUUUAAGGAAAACUUACUAGUGAUACAAGGAACAAGUGGCGUCCUCAAGCUACCACAUCAAAAUGGAGCAGAAGUACCGAUUUCUUUGGAGGAAACGGGCAUCGAUGUACCGCUGUGGACGUGGAAGAUAGUGAAAUCACCCAGCAAAGAUGCGGGAAUCGCAUUCGUUACGUUAAAUAAUCCAUUUGAAACCAAAGUUGACAAUCUGACUCCACCUUGUGAUGAUAUUUGCGCUAAUACGGGAUUUUCUGUAACUCAGUACAAGACCUUUUCAGAGGGAUACACCAUCUGCUGUGAUCCGGACUGGUUAGUAAAAAGGGUACGACAUGCACCGGAAGAGGGAAUGGCGCGCACGGUUCUUACCCGAAACAUGUUACCCUCUACCCGAACUAGUUGCUCCAGUUCCUAUUCAGAUCCCUGUCACGACAGCUGUCAGCUGAAGCCGCUUCCGAUAGUGGUGAUAAUAGAGUUGAACAACAAAUUUUGA